CCUCAGGGAACGGAAAGGAACACUAAAAGAUCUGCGAAAUAACUUGGGGACAGGCCUUUCAUAGCUUUGCAAGUAAUAAAUAACUUGAAAUCACUUCUAAAAAAACAACAGGAAGCCAGUGGAGGGAGGCCCGGCUCGGUGUGAUCACAUUUGUGAUCCACGGCCCUGCCUUCUGUAACGCAGGCCAGAGGUUGCACGCCUGCGUUUUACUACUGCAUUUGGAAAGACUGGGGGCCUUCGGAAUGUCCGGAAUGGCAAUCACCUUUACUCUAAUUACUUUCCUAACAUCAUGGUGCUGUCAGCUGCUCCUUAGUUUCCUCACAAGUCGCAGGUUGUCACUGUCCUCUGCGCUGGUGCACGCGGUCACUAUGAGCCUUCAGACUGUCUUCCUGGCGCUCUCAGUUUGUUUUAGCAUGUUUUCCUCAUCUCCCUCCCCUCACCCGAAUUCUGCUAAGUCAGGCUGCUUCAAAGUCAACAACUGCAAAUGCAUCAUGAAGGAUGGGAGCGGGGUGAUAAACCUGAAAGCUAUGGGAGAUGCGGAUGGUUUCCUGGGCCGUUUGAAGCCCGUGUCAGCAGAGGACAUGCCGGAGAACAGCACAGAGACGCUCCUGUCCUUCAGCCCCUGCCAGCCAUUCUCACUGCCAGAAGACCUGACAGGAGCGACGGACUGCACUAAUGUCGCUGCAUGCUUCAUCGUCAGGUAUCACAGGCUCAACAGACGCUUUAUCAGCUAUGGAAAACAUGAUGGGAAUGAAUUUCUCUACAAUGACACCGUGAAGAUGCUGUCUGUCUCAUAUUUUUCUCUUGGCGAGCAGCCGCUGACAGUAGUUCAUUACCACUGUAAUCCAAAUCAGUCCACUUCUUUUAUCCGGGACCAGAGCCUCAGAACUGAGGUGCCCCUGCAGAUCUGGGUGGAGAGCCCCUGUGCUUGUCCAAAUGCGUGUGCCAUGGGGGAUCUAGGUGUAGGCACCAUCUUCCUCAUCAUCCUCUCCCUCAGUGCUGCUGCAUACUUCAUCCUUGGCUCCUGUGGUCUAAGGCCUUUUCGGAGCAGCAGUGGAGUCCUGAUCUCUCCAGAGCGCAGUGUGUGGUGUAUGAUCUGCUACCUCUGCACUGAGAGACGGCCAGAAAGAAGACACUGUACAGACAUGGCACGCUGUGAACAAUAAGCAGCUGCACACCUCUGGACCACUGCAGACUCUAUUGUGGGGUAGUUUUAUUUUGGCAGACUCCCCAGCCUCUCGUUAUGGAGCCUCCAUUUGUGGACAGUUGCAGACCUUAUCAGCAGAGGCCUGUUUCCCCAUCGCUCUUUUCUGUUCUGCCCACGUGGAUGUUCUUUAGGGGCAAAUUGGCUCCAUCUGUUUUCUGCUCUGAACUCUAUAUGCUUCACAUCUCAGCUGUGCUCAGAGUCCUCCGGUGUGAUGUCAUCAGAAGGUGUGCUGUGGAGCGCCGGGUCCUGGCUGGUCUUGACUGGUGUGUGAAGGGUUUACAUUGUUUGGUUUGACCUUAGAUUCCUGAGCGCUGGUCUCCUCUGCUAAAGUCCUGCAAGGGGCACAGAUACAUAAGAUGCAGUGAGUCAAGACCCUAAACACAUCCUAACUUUUGAAAGCUUUCCCCUCAGCAUCCAGUCUCACUCUAAACAUGUAAUGGACCUAUCUUUGUACAGCACAGAAAUGACUCUGUAAGACAACAAACAAGAGGAGUUCCCAAAAUGUCGCUAUGUUCUUUUAAAGUUGGGCAUGUACUGAUAUAUAAAAAAAAGUCAUACUAUCAUUAUCUUGUUCUGAAUUACAUUGGUAUUACUUUGGUAAAGAAUUAACCUUUUUAACAACUAACAUGCGACUCAAAAACUGAAACACAAUUUUAACAUAGAUACCUUCAAAUAGUGGAAGUUCAACUAUCUGUCAUGGCUGAAAAAGUAUUAAAUGACCCAGAGGCUUUUCCUCUAGUCACACGGGGCAAACUUUACAUAAAGAAAUUCUAAAUCAUCAUCAUGUUUUUCUUUUCAUACACCAUCCUUGUAAUGAAAUGUGUAGCCCUAAGGGCCACUAGUGAGGCCUGAGACAUUUGUUCUUGUGUCCUGACAGAACACAUAAUGAUAUCUUUAUUGUCUUGUCCCUAUUUGUAGUAAUAAUCCUAAUGUUCAUGUCUAAUUUGGUAGUAGUGUGCUGACUGCAAACAGUGAUAUUUAAAUGUCCUUUUAAUAAAUCUCUGUUUAACUUA